AUGACAACUCCUAUACCCCGUCCUCCUAGCUUGCCCAUUAUUGGAAACUUGACGUCGAUUGAUGCCGAUGUACCUACCGACUCGCUCAAAAGGCUAGCCAAAGAGUAUGGUGAAAUAUAUCGUCUUCGAGUGUUGAACGAGAAAUGCGUAUGCAUUGGCUCCGUCGCACUAGCGCAAGAGGUGCUCGAUGAGAAACGGUUUCAUAAGGUAAUCGACGACGUGCUGAAGGACAUUCGAAAGAUUGGAGGUGAUGGUUUGUUUACGGCAUAUCACGAUGAGCCCACCUGGGCUAUCGCUCACCGAAUUCUGAUGCCCGCUUUCGGACCGCUCUCUAUCAAAAACAUGUUCGAUGAUAUGGUGGAUGUUGUUUCUCAGCUUGUUCUCAAAUGGGAACGGUUUGGGCCCCGGCAUGAGAUUGAUCCUGCCGAAGAUUUCUCCAAGUUGGCGUUUGAUACUAUUGCACUUUGCACAUUCAACUAUCGUCUAAACUCAUUUUAUACAGAAGGAGACCCGCCAUUCGUCAAAGCAAUGAUGGACUUUUUGAUUGAGUGCAAUAUGCGCACCCGCAGACCCGCUUUUGUCAGAUCGUUGCCCCUCAAAAUCAAUGCCAAAUUCAAAGCCGAUAUGGAAGCCAUGAAUAAACUGGCAAGUCAGAUUAUACAGGAACGAAAACAGAACCCAAUAGAAAAGAAGGAUCUGUUAAAUGCAAUGCUUAAUGGGCGGGAUCCUCAAACAGGAGAGGGGUUGAGCGACGAAAACAUUCAAUAUCAGAUGCUCACGUUUUUGAUCGCUGGGCAUGAAACUACCUCUGGAAUGCUCUCAUUUGUGAUGAUGCACGUACUGAGGCACCCUAAUUUUGAGCACCUCGGUCAGCUAACAUACAUCACCGCUGUUUUGAGAGAGUCACUUCGGCUGACACCCAGCAUCGGAGAGUUCAUUGUAACUUGCAGCGAAGACCAAGUUAUCGGGAAUGGAAAAUAUCUAAUCAAGAAAGAUACGACUGUUGCCUUGUUAGUACAUACAAUUGGGCGAGAUCCUGUCGUAUGGGGUGAUGAUGUUGAAGAGUUCAAGCCCGAGCGAAUGCUCGAUGGAAGAUUCGAGGCGUUGCCUCCCAAAGCUUGGAUACCAUUCGGAAGUGGUAGUCGUGCUUGCAUAGGACGUCCGUUCUCAUGGCAAGAGGCUUUGAUUGCACUCGCAACACUUUUUCAAAAAUUCGAUUUCGUCCCUGUUGACCCCGCAUACAAGCUUCAGAUAAAGCAAACAAUCACUCUCAAACCACAAGGAUUCAAGUUUCGAGCAAUACCUCGAAAGGGCACACCUUCUUUCUCGGAUAUUACCCAAUCGCAAAUUUGGGCGAGUGUACCAGCACCACCUACUGUCGUAAACGGCGGCGUCGAAAAGGGGUUUGCUCAAACCAUUGCUUCCAAGGCGGCUGGAAAAGGCUUUCAUUCGAGGAUCAGUACACUCAAUAGCGUAGCAAGCAAUAUUCCAACCGACGGGCCUGUGGUUAUUGUGACUGCAUCAUUCGAAGGUAUGGAUCAGCGAACCGGCGGACAAUGCUGGCCAUUUUGUGAAGCGCUCACAACCUCGGAUGACGUGAAAGACCUCGACAAUGUAUCAUUCGCUGUAUUCGGUGCGGGAAACCAUGAAUGGGCUCAAACCUAUCAACGCAUCCCCAGACUUGUCGAUGCUAUUCUCGAAAAGAAAGGGGCAAAACGGCUUCUAGAAUUAGGGGAAGGCGAUGCUGGCGGAAGCAGCUUCUUGGAGAGCUUUAAUGAAUGGGAAGAGAAUCUAUGGAGUGCACUCGCCAAGGAAUACAACAUUGAAGCCCAAGGAGGUUCUAACGUACCCAAACUUGAGAUUGAAUUUGUUGGAGGUCCCACUAAUCGAGCCGCCAUCCUUCGACAACCUGAUUCUAGACUGGGGCUAGUAAUACAAAACAAAAUAAUGACCGCACCAGAAGCCCCAGUUAAACAUCAUAUUGAGUUCGAGUUACCAAGCGGCAUGAAUUACCAGACCGGGGACUACCUCGCAAUCAUCCCCCUCAAUCCCCCAGAGUACAUCAGACGAGUUUUGGCAAGAUUCAAGGUAUCUUCAGAGCAAGAGGUUUUGCUCAGCGCUUCUGGCCCGACGACGUUGCCCACUGGAAAACCUGUUGGCGUUUCUGAAGUUCUCUCAGGUUUUGUGGAGAUUGGGCAAGUAGUGACUAAACGCAACAUCUCUACUUUAUUAGAGUAUGCUACAGAGCCUGCCACUCGAGUUGACUUAGAGACCAUGCUGCAAAACUACAACAUUAAGGAAGGAAAUCCUCAAGUUACCAUGCUGAACUUACUCGAGAAGUAUCGCGACAUUGAUAUGCCACUCGGUACUUUCAUUGCGUCGCUUCCCACAAUGCGACUUCGCCAGUACUCAAUUUCAUCCUCACCCCUAUGGAGUCCCUCUCGAGUAACGCUUACUUUCGGUGUCAUCGGCAAUGGUCAAUUCUUUGGUGUGGGAUCCAACUACCUCGCUAAUCUGCGCAAGGGGGAUAAGGUACAAAUGUUAGUACGUCCUUCGGCCAAAGCCUUUCACCCUCCAUCGGAUCCGAAAGUUCCAAUGGUGCUAUUUGCCGCUGGCUCAGGCAUGGCUCCGUUUCGAGGGUUCCUGCAAGAGAGAGCGAUGCAAGCGCAGGCCGGAAGACAAGUCGGAAAAUCGGUACUUUUCUUUGGAUGUCGGAUGCCAGAUGAGGACUAUUUAUAUGCGGAUAACGAACUGGCAGAAUGGAGCAAGUUAGGUGUAGUGGAAGUAAGGCCGACGUUCUCACGAGCGCCUGAGCGGUCAGAAGGGAACAAAUACGUCCAGCACUUCAGUCGUAUCUGGGCAGAUCGGGCACUGGUAAGGGAAUAUUUUGACAACGGUGCCAAGUUUUAUACCUGUGGAGGUAGCCACAUCGCAGCUGGCAUUCGGGAGACAUUCAUUCGAAUUAUUGGGGAAUACUUUGGAGAACAACGCCCGGAGGAGGUAUUCAAGAAGAUCCAGUCUGAACGCUACGCUACAGAUGUAUUCGGUUGA